AUGGCGCUACGGCGGCCGUGAGGGUUAUGGUGAGGGUGUGGACAUCCACACAGACACACACACACACACACACACAGCAUUCAGUGUACUAGAGGCAACAGAACGCUGCUAACAACCUCCACCGAGCCGCAUCACACCGCUACAGGCCAAUACAGCUGGGUUGCUGGAGUGCUGUUGAGCUCCUCUGGUUGUGUCCCUCAUUAUCCCAGAUGAGGGACUGAUGCUGGCCAGGACCCUGCUGAACCCCUCGGGUCACCUCUCUCAUCUCUCCCAGUUCAGUUGUGCAUCGACUCCCACAGGUGCACCUUAAGAGAAGGAGAAUACACCAGCCAAAAUGGAUGAUAUCUUCACGCAGUGCCGGGAAGGCAAUGCAGUGGCAGUUCGCUUGUGGUUGGACAAUACAGAGAAUGACCUCAAUCAAGGAGAUGACCACGGCUUCAGCCCUCUCCACUGGGCAUGCAGGGAGGGCCGCUCCAGCGUGGUGGACAUGCUCAUCAUGAGAGGGGCUCGCAUUAAUGUCAUGAAUCGUGGGGACGACACGCCUCUGCACCUGGCCUCCAGCCAUGGACAUCGCGACAUCGUGGGAAAGCUGAUCCAGUGCAAAGCAGACACUAUUGCAUCCAAUGAACACGGGAACACACCACUGCAUUACGCCUGCUUCUGGGGCCAAGACCAAGUGGCUGAGGACCUCGUGACUAAUGGGGCUCAGGUGAGCAUCUGUAACAAAUAUGGGGAAACUCCCCUGGACAAAGCCAAACCUCACCUGCGUGAACUCCUCCGAGAGAAAGCUGAGAAAAUGGGACAGAGUUUGACUAAAAUUCCCUUCAAGGACACGUUCUGGAAAGGCACCACCAGAACUCGGCCCCGUAAUGGCACUUUGAACAAACAUGCAGGCAUUGACUACAAACAGCUCUCUCUCCUGGCUAAAAUCAAUGAGAACCAGUCUGGAGAGCUGUGGCAAGGGCGCUGGCAAGGAAAUGAGGUUGUUGUUAAGGUGCUAAAAGUUCGUGACUGGACCACAAGGAAAAGCAGAGACUUCAAUGAGGAAUAUCCCAAACUCAGGAUAUUUUCCCACCCGAAUGUCCUACCCAUGUUGGGAGCAUGUCAGUCUCCUCCCGCCCCUCACCCCAUCAUCAUCACACACUGGAUGCCUUAUGGCUCCCUCUACAACGUGCUGCAUGAAGGCACCAACUUUGUGGUGGACCAGACACAGGCGGUGAAGUUUGCGCUGGACAUUGCUUGUGGAAUGGCCUUCUUACACACACUUGAACCCAUGAUCCCUCGCCACUAUCUCAACAGCAAGAGUGUUAUGAUAGAUGAAGACAUGACAGCCAGGAUCAGCAUGGCAGAUGUCAAGUUCUCCUUCCAGUGUCCUGGCAGGAUGUACUCGCCUGCAUGGGUAGCCCCCGAGGCCCUGCAGAAGAAGCCAGAAGAGAUCAACCGUCGGUCAGCAGACAUGUGGAGCUUUGCUAUCCUGCUGUGGGAGUUGGUGACCAGAGAAGUGCCGUAUGCCGACCUCUCCAACAUGGAAAUAGGCAUGAAGGUUGCCUUGGAGGGUUUGAGGCCCACUAUCCCCCCCGGCAUUUCGCCCCACAUUUGCAAGCUCAUGAAGAUAUGCAUGAACGAGGACCCAGCAAAGAGGCCCAAAUUUGACAUGAUCGUGCCAAUUCUGGAAAAAAAUGCAGGACAAGUGAAAGAACCCUCCUCUGGCCUCCUGUACCGAACCGUUGAGUUCGGGGAUAUCACUCUGUUAUGGUGGUGUGGUGCUUACCAGUAUUGCCUUAAACUCUUACUCUACUGCUGCAUUCAACGCCACUGUAGCUUCUGAGAUGAAUUCAGCAGCAGUCACGUCUUUUAUGUUCUUUUUUUCAAUGUGAUAUCAAGUUUUUAUUAGUGUCUUCAUCGUUGUCAUUGAUCUGCUGAUGCUGUCUUCGCAGGAGCUUAAUAUUGACUGUUCAUCUUCCAUACUGUAAUCAUGUGGACUGAGUACAAUCUUCUAGACUGAAUAACCUGUGGAGGUCAGCAUGACAGUCUGCUGCAUUGCUUCAGUGGAUUUAAGGCCUUAUCUUUCUUAUCUGGAGUGGGCUCACUAUUAAAGUCACCCUGAAAGGAAACUGGUCCUCUAUAACAGCGGCUCUUAUUAAAACAAAUAACAUAUUAACUCAAAGCUUGUCUCGUGGGAAAAAGUGAAUGUUUGCAACAAACUGUAUGCAACUGGGCGAGCAUGACAAAUGUGUGAAACCAAGCAUUUAAACAACAUGUACGAUUAAGAGAAUGUCUCUGAAUGAGUGAGCAAUGUUGUACCUUUCAGUUUGGCUGUGUAGUGAUGUGUACAGCUUGACCUGCUGACACUGAUAUAAAACUGGCCGUAGAAACUUUAUCUUUGGUGCAGCGAACAUGUCAGUGUUGAUCAUUGCAAUUUUGGGAAGAUUACUUUCAAAAUGCAUCUCAAGAUUGCUGAUUUUCUUUUGUUAAUUGCAGUAAUGUAAUGUAAUUAACUAGAUUACUCAAAUGUAUGACUGUAAUCUAGUUUAUUUUCAUUAUUUUCCCUUCAAAAUCAUAAUGUAACAGUUUUAUUAUGAUCUAAUUCUGUUUCAACAAAGAGUUUGGUCUCCUUUUCAAGAUGUCUAAAAGUGUUUGCGCUUAACUCAAGUGUUAUUUUCAUGUUGAAUACUGGCUGUCUAUGUAAUCCAACAUGUAAUACCUUGUAUCCAUUGUAGUGUCAGGAAUGAAUACUGCAACCCAGACUGUAAUUUAUUCGUGGAUAUCAUGGAUACAGUUAUAAUUUGUUGUUCUCUUGUCAAGCAUGGUGACUGCCUUUCCUCCCACUUUUCUGGCUACAUCAGAAUCAGCUGCCAACAGAAGGUGACGGGGACAUUAAGGGGAAUGGGGGGGGUGUUAACAUCCUGUAAACUCUCAUAUUGUUUCCUCACUUGUUUUGAAUGUUUUGGUUCUCCUAGAUGACUUCUGACUUUAUACCAAUCUCAUGGGUUGUUUCUUCUGCCUGCAUCAUCUCUCAUGUGCCUCCACCAGCUUGCUUGUUUGUGCUGAAUCACAGGUUGAAGCCAAAUCAAGAAUGACUUAUACAAAUGUAUGUAUUUAUAUAUAAGUAUAUUAAAAAGGAAAAAUAUGG